AUGGCUCUGAGGGAUUUCGACGCGAAAAAGAAGGCCCUGAGAGAAAUGAUCGAAUACAUGCAAGAGCGAAUCUCAUCGAAUCUCUACGGGUGUGUGUAUGACAAGUCAAGUCCUAGAGAAUGGCUUGUUGCCUUGCAGCACACAUGCUCCCAAUCCCUUUUGGAGCAGGCAAGAGAUGUGGAUAACGAAUAUGCGAAUCUCCGCAAAAGUCCGACGCGAGCAAAUGUCACGGAUUUCAUUCAUAGGUGGUAUAUAGUUUCUGACGAGAUGCGCAAGCCUGAUAUGGUCAACAACAUGAUGGUAUGGAGGUUCCUGGAUUCAAUUCGGAAGCUCAACCCUGAGUUUUCAGAUUGCACGUUGAUGCGAAUCAUAGAUAGAGAGCUGGAGGAAAAGAACCGCUAA